GGAGCAGCCCAAGCAUGACCAAAAUUUCCCCGUUCAGGAGAGCAGGAGAAAAACUGACAGUAUUCUAUGAAGAUCCCCUGUGAGUUUUUCCUCUUCCCUCCUAGGAGACGGAACGAUGAGAAUGUGACAUUAGAAACAAUCUGCCACGAUCCCCAGAAGAGACUGUAUGGUCACAUGUUGGAUGACUCCAGCUCAGAGCAGUGUGUGAUGAAGGAGAAGAAGGAUGAUGGGGGACUGAUGUUCAUGUGCUCCUGUACAGGUGAAGAGUGCAACGAUGUUCUUAUUUUUUCUGCAGAUGAUCCCCAUAAACCAGAGGAGAAAGAUGAAAUUUCCAAAGUCACAAUCAUAAGUCUUGUCCCCUUAUUGGUGAUUUCUGUUGCUGUGAUUGUUAUCUUUUAUGCCUACCGCACUCAUAAGAAGAGGAAGCUCAACAAGGCCUGGGAGAAGAAUGUUAAGCCCAGGAAACAUAAAGACUGCAGUGAUGUUUGUGCCAUUAUGUUGGAUGAUGAUCACUCAGACAUCAGCUCUACCUGUGCCAACAACAUCAACCACAACACAGAAUUGCUGCCCAUUGAGCUGGACAUUGUUGUUGGCAAAGGAAGAUUUGCUGAAGUGUAUAAAGCCAAAUUGAAGCAAAACACAUCUGAGCAGUACGAAACUGUGGCAGUAAAGAUCUUCCCCUAUGAAGAAUAUGCCUCCUGGAAAACCGAGAAAGACAUUUUUUCGGAUGUAAACCUUAAGCAUGAGAACAUCCUCCAAUUCUUGACCGCAGAGGAGCGUAAGACAGAUCUUGGUAAACAGUAUUGGUUGAUCACUGCCUUCCAUGCUAGAGGAAACUUGCAGGAGUACCUCACACGGCACAUUAUCAGCUGGGAAGACCUCUGGAAACUGGGAGGAUCCUUGGCCCGAGGGAUUGCCCAUCUGCACAGCGAUCACACACCCUGUGGUCGCCCUAAAACCCCUAUUGUGCACAGAGACCUAAAGAGUUCCAACAUCCUGGUGAAAAAUGAUUUAACUUGCUGUCUCUGUGACUUUGGGUUAUCUCUGAGGCUGGACCCUUCUCUCUCUGUGGAUGACUUGGCCAACAGUGGUCAGGUUGGCACAGCAAGGUACAUGGCCCCUGAGGUCCUGGAGUCCAGGAUGAACCUUGAGAACAUGGAGUCCUUUAAACAAACAGAUGUGUACUCCAUGGCUUUGGUCCUUUGGGAAAUGACAUCUCGCUGCAAUGGUGUUGGAGAAGUGAAAGAGUAUGAGCCCCCGUUUGGUUCUAAAGUGCGAGAACAUCCCUGCGUGGAAAGCAUGAAGGACAAUGUCCUAAGAGACAGAGGGCGACCUGAGAUCCCCAGCUCCUGGCUCAACCAUCAGGGCAUCCAGAUGGUGUGUGAGACCCUCAUUGAGUGCUGGGACCACGACCCCGAGGCUCGGCUCACGGCGCAGUGCGUGGCGGAGCGCUUCAGUGAGUUCAAGCACCACGACAAGCUCUCAGGGAGAAGCUGUUCAGAGGAGAAGAUCCCCGAGGACGGCUCCGUGACCACCGCCAAGUAGCACGCACCCAAGAGCUCCGAAAUGGAGGGAGGUUACUCCUAAGCACGUUACCUUGGCAGAGGAAGAAGUCACGAUCGGUGCCUUGACUUGCUUCCUGGAGGACUGAGGCUGUCACUACUCCCUUUGAGCUGUGGCUCUGGGCAGGGAGAUGUAUGCAUGGGAGUUAAAAGCCAGGGAGUGGGUGUUGUACUCCAGCAUUGGCAGCCGGCGUCAUGUCAUAGGAGGAGCUAAGUCUGUUAGCACUUCCUCAGGAAAUGAGAUUUGAGAAUAGCCAAUAACAUUAUGCACUUUAAUAAUGCCUGUAUAUAACUAUGAAAUUGCUAUUUUUAUAUAUAUAUACAUAUAUAUUAAAAAUGUCUGUGUAUGUAUAUAUCUAUCUAUAUAUCUGUAAACAGCCAUGAUCUGAAGAAAAGAGUUUAAAAAAUGCUUGCAGGAAAUUACCUGUGCAUUAGAGAUCCCUCCCCAUUGGGAAAGCGCCCGGGGAGACUGGUGUAUCGGGACACUAGCGAUUGUGCACUAAGCACUCUGCCAAAAAGAUAGGAACAAGGAGCAAUAAGAGGAUGGCUUUGAAGCAUGUGCUGCACACACCCAGCUGUGGCCCAGGAGACGACAGUUGCAGCAGCAGUCUCACAGCAAGGAGACAGAUCUGGCUUUGCAGUUGUAACUACACGCUCCUGCCUGCAGUGUUUUUGGGAAGAUUCGGGGAUGUCUUUGCCCUCUUGCCUUAACCCCAAGGUCCUCACAGCCUCCCAUAGUGGGAGGGAGCGUGAGGAGGUUUGGUCCCACCACCUGUGUUUCCAUGCAGAGGUCAUUAGUGUUAUGUCUUUAUUGCUUUGAGUUCAUGCUGCUUGCAAGCAGGUUGCAAAAUAGCAGCGGGAUGAGAUUUUUCCCUUCCUCCCUUCCUGACCCUCAAACCGCACCAAGUCCAGCAGUAAUCCAAGCAGAUGUUUUAUAUUUGCUCUGCAUUCUGAACACAGACUGUGCUUAUUUUUUCCCUUUUCCUUUUACCUUAAUUGCGUUGCUGUGAGAACAAAUAACUUUUUCCUAGUACAGCAUAUCUAAUUGCUUGACAUACCACAGCCUGACUGUUCCAUGCUUUCUAGAGAAAAGCAAGAGACAACACCCAGUGCCUUUGCUUUCACACAAGGACCUUAGAAAUGAGGGAAGGCUCCAUGGCAUCAGGUUCAUGGCAUAUCCUGCCCUCUUCUCUGCAGGGUAGUGGGAAUUUAAUUAUCCAGGCAGUUGACAUGUGUAAACUUAUACAAAUGACAGCAGUGCGUUUUAUAAUUCUGACGAUUCUGUCUUCAGGAGUUCUGCAGUGAUGUUUCACUUUUUUCUUCCCUUGGCAUGUGUUUGGGAACUGUUGAACCACUGAUUGAUCACCUGAGGUGAGCACUGAGUCAGCCAUGGAGCACAGGUGAAGGCAAUUCAGCUGUGUGAU